AUGCUGUGUGUGUCGGUGACGCGUUGUGGUGUGUCGGUGCAGUGCAAGGAUGUGAACUUUGUGCUGCUGGUGGUGCUGCAUCACCUGUCAUGCCGCAGCCGUGGGGGGUCAAUAGGCGUAGAGCAUGAUUCACGGUGCCCCCCGGGAAAACUACAUAACCACCGCACAUCCAUCCGAUCAUCCCCUGGCUCCCGGCUCUGUCUGCUGUUCACAAAGGCAAGCCACAAGACAGAGUCCGUCCGAAAGGCACCAGCAGCACCAGCAGCCGCAGGGUACGAUCCCAAAUGGACAUUCACCAAGAGCUCCUCUACGCGGCUUGCAAGUAAGUGCGGAAACAACGGAGCGGUCGUGGCCUUUCUCUCAAGCUGCUCCAUCGACCUCGAACACAAAUCAGCCACCGGCAAGACCCCCUUGGUGGAGGUCUGUUGGGAAGGGCACAAGAGAACCGCGGAGCUCUUGAUCCGCGAGGGGGCUGAUGUCCACGCGAAAGACGACGCGGACUUCUGCUGCCUACACGCAGCCACCUACCAGGGGCACCUUGCGCUAGUCGACUUGCUGCUCGGCAAUGGCGCUGACAUGAGGCACUCGAUGACGGAAGGUCCACCCCGUUCGCGGUGGCGACGGUCCAGAAGAAGUUCGACGCGAUGCGGCUUCUCGCCAGGAGGGGGGACGGACGUGCACCCGGUGGCGGCCGGCGGCAUCACCCCGCUGAGCAUCUCCUGCAGCUCGGCCUCCGUGGCCCCCGUCCGGAUCCUUCUCACCGAGCUCGGCAUGAACCCCGUGACUCCGAUGAACCACGGGUGCCUCCUCCAGGUGAUCCUCGGCCUGUGCCAGACCUCGCCCGUGCUCGAGAGCUUCUUGCAGCUCCAGGCGACCCCGGAGGCCCUGAAGCGGCGGCGUCUCGACAUCGCCGAGCUGCUCAUCUCCUCCGGCAUCGACCUGGAGGUGCGGCACCUCGGCGAUUCGGCGGUCCACAUGGCCGCAGGGUCAGGGUCCCGGAGGCUCAUGGUCGCCCUGCUCCGCGCCGGGGCCAGCACCUCCAGCGUGGGGAAGGCCAACGACAACAUCUUCGGCACGGCCCUCUCACGGGCAGCGGCCCAUUCCCGUCCAGAGGUCGCCCACCUUCUCCUGCAGGCCGGCGCGCACGAAAAUGCCCUUGACCAGGUGGGGCGGGACGCCCUGUGUGUCGCCGGAACCUUGGUGUCGUCCAUGCCGGCGACCCCGGAGGAAGAGCUCCGGCGCCGGUUAUUAGCCGUGGCGCACGUGCUCCACCGCGGCCCGGCAUUUCGUGCGAUGUCGUGGCGGUGGCCCAGUGCUGCCGCUACCACCACCGCCGCUACCGUUGUGGAAGACAACGGGUCGAGGACUAGCUUGCCCUUGGGGGCACUCUCGGGGUUAACGUUGAUACCCCGGCAUGGCAAGCGGGGGCCGAGGUUAAGGGCGGCGAUGUGGAGCAACGACGUCAAUGAAGUUCGUGAUUCUGGUACUUGA